CUUUUACAUGUCAUUUUGUAUUGUAAUAAUUCCGGUUUAAAAAGGGCGUUCCUGCCUCUGCUCCCUCCCCCAAAGGCACUUAAUCCCCGUUAAUCUCUUGUGCUCCAUAGAAAGUCUGCGGCCAUGGAGACACGCAGGGAUCAUUUCUCCUCACUUUGGCAUCUCAAUGGCACACAUGUCAACAUUUGUAGAGAACACGGUCACAAAAUGUGCUGGUGGUCUCUGGUUCCUCACGGGCAGUGGGUGACAAGCCUCCAUGUGCUCCAGGUCCAUCUCUAUUCCCCUGCUCUGGAGAUAGGAAGCCACCUGCUGUGUUUCCUGCACGUUGGGCUCCUCGCUGUCCUCGGCCACCGCACGCGUGUAGGAGCGCGGCUUGAUCUUGAUGCCGGUGAUGACCACAUCAUUCAUGCGGGACUAUUGCUCCAGCUCGUCCACUCGCCGCUCCAGGUCCACAAUGCGCCGCUCUUUUUCCACGUUCUGGAGGCGUAGUUGUUUGACCUCCUCCAGCAGGCCCAAUAUAGCUGCUCCUGCUGUGUUCUGAUCGCCGCAUAGGGAGUGGAGUGUGAGCCUCAUCUCCUCCAACUCCUCCGAUGUCGGGCUUUUCCUCAGUGCAGGCAUCACGAUGGUCUAUCUGCCGACGCAUCCAGCAACAGAAGAAAAUAAUCCCACCUCCGUAUCUCAGGCUGCUAAUGCUAGGUGUGCUAGCUCGCAGCCCCGAUCGACACAAGCUGCAAAGUGUCACGACACAGUGACACAGUGACACAGCGAAGCCAAAAAAGCACAAAAAAGUACAAAAAGAUGUGCUGGCUUUGCACAAGGCGAUCGCCAAACUCGACAGCCCCACGUCGAAAACGCGCGUGAACUCCUAAACAUGUCACAGUACUGCUGUAAAAUGAUGUCUGCAGUGUUCAAGUCAGAAGUAUUACAAAAUGACUUUCCCACUCAGAGGCAUUUACUGUGAGAAAUGAAUGAUCUUUAUGUUGACAUUGAUAUUUCUUGUCAGCAGCAAGCUGCAUCUGCAACAGCGCUUGCAGGAGUUAAAGUGCAGAGAGUGCAUGGCCCACCAUAACAACAAAGAGCUGCUGCAGCAGUUUGACAAAGCUCAGGACACACUGAGUGACAUGAUCACUGCCACUGCUGCCAUGAAAACUGUGCGGAAGGAGUACGAGCAUCACUUGGAGGCCAGUGCUCCUUGUUGGCAGCAACAGAUGAAGGAGGAAACACGAGGUCAUCACACCACGGCACAACAGAAGCAUCUUCUCGCUGAGUCAGCACACCGUCCCGUACUCCCUCCGUUUCUUCAACAUGUCAUUGCCCCUGUGACACACCCCCAGUGCGGGCCCAGGCUAAAUGCAACAAGAUGGGCCUCUAAUCAAGAUGACGGCCCCUGGUCCUCAGUAGGGAUGCCCUCAGGCUCUGAUGGUCAUCUGUGCAUGGAGGACUCCACAGCACACCUUGCUGAAACAUGCAGUCAUUCAUCCCAGGAGCUGGAUGUUCCACCAGUGCGUUCAGCCAGUGAGCAUGCACAACAUGUCGGCAGCAGCACAGGGUCAACAGAACAUGUCAGCAGCAGCAGCACAGGAUCAACAGAACAUGUCAGCAGCAGCAGCACAGGAUCAACAGAACAUGUCGGCAGCAGCAGCACAGGAUCAACAGAACAUGUCGGCAGCAGCAGCACAGGAUCAAGACGAGCGAGGACAAAGACGAAAGGAAGCACCUUUACAGAGAACAGAUGCAGCUCUCAGGGAUCAUCCAGGACGUCCUCAGCUGCAGUGUCUGGAGGUCAAUCUUCAUCACGCAAAGGCAGCACCGGGACAAUCAGAAGGAAAGUCAUGGGACUUGCGCUUGGAUCCCCAAAGAUGAAGAACAAGAGAAAUGACCAAGAGAGUCCAACAAGUUCUUCUCUCAGUAAAUCUCCAGGUGAGGAUGCAGGGAGUGCGAGUCCUUUCAACCAAUCAGAAAGCACGAGAGAGCAUCCAGCGUGUGGCAGCGGAAGCAACAAGGCUGUGGAAAGCAAGGACCACGAAGAAGAAAUGGACAGAGAAGAGGACAGUGGUGAGGAUGAAGAGCUGGAUGAAGAGACGUCACAAGGGGAUGAGAGCGAGGAGGAUGGUGAUGACCUUUCAGACAAGGUCAACAAGAAGGAUUCAGUUUCUUUGCAGGAAGAGGAGGAGCAGAGUGAGGACAAUGUAGAAGAGACUGAUGAAGAGGAGGAGCAGAGUGAGGACAAUGUAGAAGAGACUGAUGAAGAGGAGGAGCAGAGGGAGGACAAUGUAGAAGAGACUGAUGAAGAGGAGGAGCAGAGGGAGGACAAUGUAGAAGAGACUGAUGAAGAGCAAACAAGUGAGGAGGAGAGCGAGUCAGAUGACAGCAUCAUUGCACCUUUGCAGAAAAGAGCUGAGAUCCUCCAGGAGGUGUCUGAUGGCAGGGAGGAGAGCACAAGAAGGUCUGAUGGCAGGGAGGAGAACACAAGAAGGUCUGAUGGCAGGGAGGGGAGCACAAGAAGGUCUGAUGGCAGGGAGGAGAGCACAAGAAGGUCUGAUGAAGACUCCACCGACGUCUUUGACGACAAGAUAGAAAACCUCCUUGCUCCUCAGACAAAGAAAGUAGAAGAAAAUGACGUGAAAGCAGAAGAGGAACACAAAGCAACUUGCAAUGUGAAGAUUUCCCCAGCAGAAACACACCAGUCAAGACACUCUGAUGACUUUGACCAUUUUUAUGACUGACCUACCUCCUAGUAGAAGCAGAAGAGAUGUUGACAUCAGAAGCAGUGGUCAAGGUCAUGUCC